UGUGUUACGUCUUUCCAUAUCGUAAGGUAACCCGCAUAUCACCAGUGACGUGCGCGUUGUUGACAAAAGGUAAUCGUAUGUAUGUGACGCCUGCGGGUGAAAUCGAAUAAAUUUUGUGAUUCACCUCUCCUAUCUUUCCUUCACUUCCCGUGGUCAUCACCGUGAAAACAAAAAAAAGUAGGAGGAUUAUGAGAGUUGGAUUGGUUUGGAACGUCGAUUGUUGAGACCAGUUUUGUGGGUGAAUCUUUAUAUUUUUUUCAACUUUUCAAGUUAUUUGCCUUUUUCCUUUUAUUGUCCACAACAUUGAUCAUCAAUUUGAAAAAGCAAAUCACAAUGUCAGUACGACGCAGAACCGAUUCGUCAAUGACGCAGAGAAUAUGGGAUGCAAUAAAGAUAACAAUAAACCAAAGGAGUUUACCAAGCAACGAUCGCAUUGUGAGGCACUUUGCGAGAGUUUACGGUGUGGCCGAGCACGCUGCCCAGGAAGAAUUGAAUAAAGCAGUAGCAGAUGGAUUAGUUUUUUUAAAAAAAGUACAGUCAAAGGGGGGUAUCGAGCAGGAGAGUUACCGACUCCCCUUGGAGCCACCUGAGGACGAUGGAUACGACUGGUACUGUUACGAUUGCCAUAAGGCAGGCCUAGUCGAGGCUUGCAAACAAUGUUUCCGGGUUUAUCAUCCCAAUUGCCACGUACCCAGUGAUUCCGAUACCAAAAUUUGCGCUUUCUGUGAGAAGAUUAAUAAUGAUUCAUAUCCCGAUAUUGUUGCACUCAAUCACAUUCUUGGCUUCACCUGUGGACAUCUGAAAGCCAAGUUGCCACAAGAAAUCACGAAUAGAAAAAUUGUGGGGGACAAUUCUACUGGGGAGGUACCUCAAGGAGGGAUCGUUGGGCCCACAUGGGUCAGUGAAGGAGAGGAUGUUUGGAGACCUGCCAUUCUCAUUAAGAAUCAUAUGGAUUUGACCAUUAUGGAAGGGAAGACUAAGCAGAAUGAGUAUAAGAAUCUUGCUGAAUUCCAGGCUGAUGCACACAACAUUCUACACAAUAUCAUCAUUUAUCAUGGAAAGAGUAGUACAGUUGGUGAAAUGGGUGUAACAAUGUAUCAAGAUUGUUGUUACGACUUGAAAGAAAUUCGGCGUUGUGCUGACUGCUACAGAAUAUCAAAUGAGAAGUCUGAAAAAAUGUGGUUCUGCAUUCCAUGUAACCCUCCACACCAACUGGUAUAUGCAAAACAGAAGGGUUACCCCUAUUGGCCUGCCAAAGUAAUGGAGAUAAAACACGAUCUGUACGAUGUUAGGUUCUUUGGUGGACAUCACAUGCGGGCAAACAUUGAGAAAGUCUUCAUAAAACCAAUCACUGCGAGUAUACACAGUCUCCAGCCAUCAGAAAAGGGAAAAUGGAAAGAGAUGAAGAUAAAACGUUCAGGGGCCUGGAACAAGGCAUUCGAAGAAUUGAAGCACCACCAGACUCUCCUGCAUAAGCUGGGAAAAAAUCGUUACAUUACCUGUGAACUAGAGGCUAAAGAGGACGGCCCAAAGCCACCAAAGAUCAGGAACACCGGAACAAAGGUAGCGUCUAAUGGCGCUUCAUUAAAACAGAUUAUGAAAGACUUGAGAGUGAAAGUUGAAAGGUUGAAUUCCGAUGGAAAUUUCGACUCACAGACGAGUCAAGAGACGAAGAAGGCGAUGAAGGAGAGCAGCAGUAGGUCAGCCAGUGAGGACAGGCAAGUGCCACUCCUACCAGUUGCUGAGGAUGAGCCACCAAGGGAGAUAUCCAGUACGUGUCCACUUGGGUUGAAGAAAGAAGGAUCCCAGGAGGACAUGGUUACUUCCAGUUCCCAGGAGCCAAGGACAAAGUGUGUUCUUGUACAGACAGAUUCAAGCCAGACCGAAGUUGUACCCGCUAAGUAUGUCAUAUGCUUCCAGGUGAAGAGAGAACGCAGAACAUCUGAACAACCCACAACCACUGGGCUUGAUAAACUGCGCAGGGAAAUGGAGUUAGAUAAAUGUCGGGAGCUUGAGAGACUGCAAGCUGAACAUGCUAAAGAGUUGAGGCAGAUGACUGAAAAGCAUCAGCAAGUUAUUUCGGAGAUUAAGAAGAAGCAAUGGUGUUACAACUGCGAAACUGAAGCAAUUUACCACUGCUGCUGGAACACGGCGUACUGCAGCACAGACUGCCAACAACUGCAUUGGCAAAGGGAGCACAAGAGAGUAUGCAGACGUAAACGCUAGUCAAACGUUCACUCUGCCUCCACGGGUACAAUAAUCCAAGGAUCCGCAUCAAUAGCGCUUCGUUGGUGACACUUUAAGAUCCUUCGAAAGAGACUUUUAAUAUUAAACAAUGAGGAAUCAAGUGAAGACAAUUGUUAAGGGCACUUAAUAUAUUAUGAUAAAUAUAUUAGUGAGUGAAAAAUGGCCAAGCAUCAUUCCGACAAUGGUUAAAAAUGGAUACGGAAAUCUUGAACGAUCGCUCUGAGAGUGAGAAAAUAGCUUUAGCACCCUUUGAAUUGAGACAAAUAUUUACUCUAUAAUAAUUAAAGUUAGAAUGUAAAGAGAUGUCUGACGUAUCUUUACUCGCGGCAAUCAAUCAAUGUUUCUUAUUUUGUUUUUUUUUCUCCAUGAUAAUUUGUUGCCCGAUUCGGCACUUGGUGUGGACAGAAACAUUGAAACAAUUACUAUAAGAAUUUUCACCCAUCUUGCCGUCAUAAAAAAAUUCAAUAGGUUAUAAAAAUUUUAAUUAGAUGUGGACUCUGAAUCAUUUAGGCAUUACUAAAACUCGACGAAUGUAUCUUCUUUUGCCAUCUAAAAAACGAGAAUUGCGAUAUAUCAAAUAAACUAUUAGAUGUGUAAUUUUUCAAAGGUGAAAUAUAUGGAUACAAUCAAUUGGAAAAAUAGCCCACCAUUUGAUACAAUGUUCUCGUUGUCUGAAACCAUUAAAAUUAAGAAAAAAAAACCGUGGAAAUGAUGCAUUUUCUUUUUUCAUGCAUAAAUCCCUAUAGAAAAGAGGGAAAAUUUAGUCUUAUUCAAGGAAGAUCAGCCAUUUUGAUGAUUAUCGUUGAAGUGAGUAUAUAAAGGAUAAAUGAUGAACGUAAGUUUUUAGGUAAACGUUAGUGACGUCAGCCUUCUUAAUAAUAAGUAUUCUCUCUUUUUGUUUAUAAAUCUAGGCAAUAAAUAUCGUUGAGUAUA